AUGGAGAAUAGAAUACCACCAGGAAGUUACUUCCAGUACUCUCCUACUGGAGUUCAUACUUCACUUCAGAGGUCUUCGUCUCCCUCAGAUCGUGAAAGAUAUUUGGCAGAAUUACUUGCAGAAAGGCAGAAGUUGGCACCAUUUAUGCAAGUCAUGCCUAUAUGCAGCAGGCUUUUAAAUCAAGAGAUCAUGAAAACAUCGGGAAUGGUUUCGAAUCAUAAUUUUGUGGAUCAUGAGAGAAUGUUGCGUGACAGGUCAUAUCGGUCAUUUAAUCAAAAACCUCAAAGGGGUCCAAUGGAUGUAGAGGCAUGGCCCACAAUGCAACCAGAGGAUAAUCGUCUCCUCCAAAGAAUGGCAUCAUUUCAAGCUUCUGCAAUGGGGUGGCCCGCAUCACCAGGAAUGGCAACCUCCACAGUUAUAAAAAAAGUUAUCAGACUCGAUGUUCCCGUUGAAAAAUUCCCAAAUUAUAACUUUGUGGGCCGAAUUCUGGGCCCACGUGGAAAUUCUUUGAAAAGGAUAGAAGCCAUGACAGAGUGUAGAAUAUAUAUUAGAGGGCGAGGCUCCGUUAAGGAUUCUGUUAAGGAAGAGAAGUUAAAAGAUAAACCAGGGUAUGAACACCUGAAUGAUCCUCUUCACUUGUUGCUUGAAGCUGAAUUUCCUGAAGAUAUAAUUGACUCACGUUUGGAUCAUGCAGUUACACUACUAGAAAACCUCCUAAAGCCAGUGGAUGAGUCUAUGGACACUUACAAGAAGCAUCAACUAAGAGAAUUGGCUAUGCUAAAUGGUACUUUAAGAGAGGAAAGCCCUAGUAUGAGUCCUAGCAUGAGCCCAAGCAUGUCUCCCUUUAAUAGCAAUGGCAUGAAACGCGCCAAAACAGGAAGAUGACAGGUGGCAUAAUCUCAGUGGUUCAAAUUCUAUUUUGAGAUGCUGACGUGUAACCUGCAUCAACUAUGUGAACCGCAAAUGGGUUUCACAAACAAGACAUAACCAAAAAUCUUUGAAUGAUCAAGAGAAGAAGGUGGGUGGUGAUUGGUUUGGGCAAAUGUCACCAAUUUGCUUUUCUAACUUAGGGUUUAAAAAGACUCUGUGUGUGUGUGUGUGUGGUUGGGUUUUGAUGUUUUUUUAGUUAAUUUUUUAUUUUUGUAAUUUUAUUAUUCCCAUGUUUGAUUUAUGAAAUAAGCAUCAAGUGUAUUGCUAUAGUCUAGGUUUUGAUUAUAUAACCAAGGGAUCUAUUGAGAGGAGAAAAACUUUGUAUAAUAUUUUGUAUGCUUGCAUCAACUAUUAAUUUAAUAACAACAUUAGAUUGCAUA